UUUUCCCUUUUAAGUGGAUUUGGAUUUGACUAGCAAGUUGCAAUAUGGACAGUCUGUGGCUUAUGUAUUAGGGUGAUGUGAGUUAUAUUACAUGCAAUGGAAGGAGUUGAUAAAUAAGAUGAGAUAAGAUGGCUUAAGAAGCGGCAACUGUAAUCUCUGGCUCUGCAAUCCAAAACUAAAAUCUUUUCAUGGCUUCUAUUUGCCACUCUCUCUGCUUCCCUCCACUGUCCAAAUCACUAUCACCUCUCUCUCCUAAAUUCUUGACGCGCCCCCACUUUCGGCACUCCAUUUGUACUCCUCGGACCUCCAAAACCCGAUCCACCAGCUUACCGUCGUCAACAACACACGUUGAAGAUGACGCCAUGUCCGUCGAUAAUCUUCACCGCUUCAUUGACCUCAAUGUUGGCAAAUGGCACGGCUCUUUUCACCAAUUUGAUUCGCAUGGGAAAUUGAUGCAAAAAGUGAGUACAAAGCUUUCUGCAAGCUCUUAUGGAGAAGAUGAACUUAUUAGUCUUAUUCAAACGCUGUAUAUAAAACAACCAACAAUCUCUGGAUAUGAUGAGGAGCCGGAAUGGGCAGAAUACAAGAUAAAAGAAACCAACAUGUUCACUGUAGACAAAUAUCAACAAAUUGGCUUCUUCCCCAAUGAGAGGGCUUUUGCUCUAAGAUACCAGACAGCUGGCAUGUUAGAAACUGUGUUAAGGCAAGGAGUGCUAGGGGAAGAUGACACUGGAGAAGAAUCACCCAGAAAUCUUAAGCUUCCUUCUCGUCAGCCUUCAAUUGUAUGUGAAAAUUGCCUAUAUUCACAAGAGAAAGAUAGGCGAGCAAGAGCUUUUCAUAUCAUGGAUCCAAAAGGUGUUUUAGAAAUGCUUCUUAUCUUCCUUGAGGAUAGAAGCGAUGUGAUCCUUUCACAUCCAUCACUCAACAGUCACAUGGAUAGUGCAAAUAGGAUCCUACCAUUUAUUGGUCAGUGGAAAGGCCAUUCUCUAACAAAACGUAGCGGUGUUUAUGGAUCAACAAUUGCUGAAGCUGAUACAGUAGCUUUGCUUGAAAUGGAUGAUAAGGGUCAGCUAAUACAGGAUAUUACUUCGACAUCUGAUAGACAUGGUGUUACAACUAAUGUGCAUUGGACGGGAGCCAUGGCCGAUGACUUGGUUACAUUUGAUGGAGGAUACCAGAUGACAUUAUUACCUGGAGGCAUGUACAUGGGAUACCCUUCUGACAUUGCAAAGAAUGUUGCAGAAUCUAAGUCAUUUCAUUUAGAAUUUUGUUGGCUUGAAGCUCCUGGCAAGAGACAAAGACUGGUUAGAACUUAUGAUGUAGAAGGCUUGGCUGUUUCAUCAACUUACUUUUCUGAAAUUAAAUUAUGAGUUUCCUCUUUCUGCUUCAUUGUAGUAGGAAUUCUUUUUUGUUUUAACAUAGAAAUUCAUCUUUCUGCCCAAAAUCGAUGUAUUAAAUAACUUGUAGCAGCUACAUGAACAUUUUAUGUUUCGGAAUCUAAAAAUAUCAAAUUUAGAUACCUUUUUAGACCUA